AUGGGGACUAUUACUGUUGGAUUCCAUCUUUUAUUUCUCAUUCCCACAAUUGCAUUGCACGCCCAUGCCUCAUCUCAGGAGGCGCAUCUCACAAAGUUCCUCUCGUCUAAAAGAUCCAGAAGCAACAUCAGCAACAAAAUUGGUGAUCCUACUAGUUUCCAUGGUGGAUCAUUUCUCGGAAUCGCCAGCAGCCCCCGAAAAGAUGGGUACCCGGGCUCCGACCACAUCGCUCUGAAGGCGGCCGACAAGAUCUCGGCGCUGCCAGGGCAGCCGGAGGGCGUCGACUUCGACCAGUACGGCGGGUACGUGACUGUCGACGGCCAUAAUGGUCGUGCACUCUUCUACUACUUCGUGGAAUCUCCCGGCAACCCGGUGACGAAGCCACUCCUCCUGUGGCUCAACGGAGGGCCUGGGUGCUCGUCGUUGGGCUUCGGAGCGAUGCGAGAAUUGGGCCCUUUCCGGGUGAACAGAGACAACCAAACCCUCACUAGGAACAACCAUGCCUGGAACAAUGUGGCAAACGUCGUUUUUCUGGAAUCACCCGCUGGCGUGGGAUUCUCCUACUCCAACACAUCUUCUGAUUACGACAAGAUGGGGGAUCCACUGAUAGCCCAAGACACCUAUGCCUUCCUCGUCAACUGGCUCGACAGGUUUCCUGAGUACAAGGCACGCGCCCUCUACAUCGCUGGGGAGAGCUACGCCGGUCACUAUGUGCCCCAGCUCGCCGCCACCAUCUUAGCCCACAACAACAACAACAACAACAACACGGGUGUCAUACUAAAUCUCAAGGGCAUCUUCAUCGGAAACCCGCUUCUGGACGACGCGAAGGAGGAGAGAUGGCACCACGAGUACCUAUGGAACCACGGGGUGAUCUCCGACGAGGUAUGGGCCGAAAUCGCCGGCCACUGCAACUUCAGCGACGACUCCGUCUAUGGCGAUAGGUGCUACAAAGCUAUUACUAGAUCCCAGUAUGAGAGUGAGGACAUCGACAUCUACAACAUAUACGCUCCCACCUGCAUCACCGACAACAACGGCUCCUACUACUCCAGCAGCCAAGACUCGCCGGAUAGCAUGGUGCCAACCUUGAAAUGGCUAAUCGACCAUGGCUUGCCCGUGUGGCUCUUCAGUGGGGAUUUGGACUCAAGGUGCCCGAUCACCAGCACGAGGCACGCCAUCCGCGACCUCAACCUCUCCGUCGCCGAGCCGUGGCGUCCAUGGACGGCCGGCCAUGAGAUAGGGGGCUAUGUUCAACAGUACAAGGGAGGGUUCACGUUCGCUACCGUGAGAGGAGCAGGGCACACGGUCCCGACCUUCCAACCCGAGAGAGCGCUCAUACUGCUCCAGUCCUUUCUCAAAGGGAUCCUCCCGCCUUACGAGAAGGCAAAAUAG